UUCUGCGACUACUGCGAUGUCUACCUCACGCACGACUCCAUGAGCGUGCGCAAGGCCCACAACAACGGCCGCAACCAUCUGCGCAACGUCGUCGACUACUACCAACAAAUCGGCCACGAAAAAGCCCAAUCCGUGAUCGACUCCAUCACGUCCUCCUACGCCGCC